AUGAAUGAAACGAACAAACGUAAGAAAUUAAAAUCACGCACAGCUACAGUGCCGAGCGGUCAAGGUCACAGCCAUGCUGAUGGCUACAUGAAGGAUCACUUGGAUGCCUGGCUGGAGACGUGCCUUAAGGAUGCCUCCAAUACACAGCUGUCUUCAUCAUCAGAAUUUUUAGAUUAUAAUCCAACGCCGCCGGGCGUGGGUGGUAGUGGAGUCGGUGGAGUUGGUGCCAGUGGUGUGGGCACUACAAAUCCACCAAAAUUCGUACAACAACAAAUGCAACAGCGUCACCAACAGCAGAGUCAACUGCAGCAACAACAGCAACGCGAACAGCAUUUGCAACAACAGAAUCAAGCUUAUUUGUCAAAUAACAGUUUGAAUAAUGCCAAUCAGUCGCAGCAGCAAUUUUCUUAUCCCCAACAACAACAUCAGCAGCAACAACAACAACCAUUUGGUUUGCGUGCCGGUCCCAUGUCGUUUACUGGUGGUUACACAGGUGGCGGUAGUGGACCCUUCAGCCAAGGUUUUCAAAGGAGCGUGCCAAAUUAUAUGAAACAAUCCCAUUAUAAUAACCGUUACUCGAUGAUGUUCCCCAACAGUGGCAUGGGUUCGGCACCCGGCGGUUAUUAUCAACAAAAUGAUGGUCAAGACUUUGCCAGCCUGCCGCCCAUCGUGAAUAUGCUGGGUGGCUCAUCGGAAAUGGAGAAUAAUUCAACAGAUGUGCUCGAUGGAAGCGGCAGCAAUCCGAAUAUUAGUAGAGGUUUUCGUUUUAGCGACCCUUGUCUGCUGAAUCCAUCCGAUAAUGAUUCGAAAGUGAGUGGCCAAAAUACACCCGAUCGCCGUAAUCAAUUACCCAGCGAUUUGGAGAAUAACAAAUUUUUUACCGCAUUAAUGGAACAAAUUAAUUUAUUGCACGAAACAAAUACGAAAAUUUGCCGAAAUUUGCACGAAACAAAAGUUGAUAUUGAAGCUUUAAAGCACGCACCCAAUUGGGGUUUGAGACACCGUAGAGAUAGCUUGAGUGGAUUAAGUACGCACAGUCAGCCCAUGGUAUUUGGCGGUGGAUUUGGUGGUAUGCAAAGUCCAGCGCCAACUUAUCAUUCAGGCGCUUAUACACCCGGCAUGAUGACGGAUGUGGUACGUGAAGUCAAGGAAGCGGCUCGUGUGCGGGAAGAUGCUUUACUAAAUCGAGUCAAAGCGAUGGUCGAGGAGCGUCAGUGGUCAUUCAACGAGAGUAAUUUGCGCAUGAUGCGUGACAUUGAAGAAUUGAAGUCCCAAGUUCAUCAUUUGCGCGCCGAUCGUAAAGAAUACAACAAACGUAUCACACAUCUCGAAGCCGAAAAUAAGUAUAUGCGUCAAAUGCUGACCAGUCUCUUUAAUCAACGCAACACACCCGAUGUCAUCUAUGAGAAUGAAACAUUGCGCACCCAACGCAAAUCCUUCCCAACAGCACCGCCAACACGUCGCCCACAAUCGAUGAAUCUGCAUUACGGCACCAUACACCAUCAACCGCCGACCGUAGCGCUGACAGUGGAUGAACAGGACGAGCGUUUGCAUAUUGUCGAAGCGGCUACGACACGCGCCACCGCCGCGGAUAUGGUUACUGUAAGUGAUAGACGCACCGCAGAGUUGCGUAGUUCAUUCUCCAGUUCGGAUGGUGGCGGUAGCGUAGGUGCAGGUAGUGGUGGUGGUGGUGGUGGUAGUGGUGGUUGUGGUGUUGGUGGUGGUGGUGUGCGUAAUAGUACAGUAACACCAUUGCCUAACGGUACGUCUGCAUUAAAGAGCGGUCAAGAGCUCAUGUCGCCACCAAAUUUCGCCUUGAUAUCCACACCAAUUGAGGAAGAGGUGAAGCAACGAAAAAAGAAGGGCAGAAAAGUGCCAAAUGUUGACGGCACCAGGCGUAACGGUGAAACACAAUGUACUACUGGCGAUGCCAAUAGUGCGGCAGCAGCUACUUUACCUGAUGAUGAGGACACGGCCAACGAUGCUGAUGAUGAUAGCAAACUGUCCACACAGGAGUUGCAGCAGGAAUUGCAGGAUGCGGUGGCAGCGCGUAAGGAGGCCGAUAAUCGUGUCAUUGCGCUUGAACAUAUGGUAAGAACCAUACAUCAAAAUUCCAACCAAACCCCGCAGAACCAUGCAACCAUGUAUUCAACUACAUCGUCCAGUGCUUAUAAUCUAACUAAUGGCACUGGCUCUGGUAUUGGUAUGGGGAAUGGUUUUAGUCCGAAUGCUGGUGAUGGUUUUGUUCAAUUGUCAAAUCGUUUUGUUGGUGGCAGUUCAUAUAACAUUAAUCCCUGCAACACCACCACCGCCACCACCACCAUCACGAACUUAGCAUCACAACCAUUAGCAUCCUCAUCAACAUCAUCGGCCGUGGUCAUGCAGCAUCGCAAGCAACAUAAAGCGCAUACGCUCGCCUCGGCAAGCAGUUUCGGUUGUGUCACACAAUCGCCAACUAACAGUAAAUUGAGCGUUGCUGGACCCAUAACCGAUUUAUAGUUCUAGCUAACGACCACCGAGCGGCGUGUUCGUGUCACACACUUCUGACCGCAGUCCCACAAGCAUGUCUGCGCGCGUCUGCAUACACAUCAUAGCCAGUGUGCGCGAAGGAGGCGAGCACGAAGGAAGAGCUAAUGCAAACGAAUGUGGUGGUGAGGGAGUAAAGCAAAAGUUUCCGAAACUCGAAAAAAUACGAAUUGAACUCGAAUAAAUACGAUGUAUUGACUUCAGUGCCGAACGUCCGUUAAUAUAUUUAUUUUGAUUUUUGUUUUUAAUAUUUCACAGUAAAUAUAUGUAUGUACUUGUAAGGGUCAUUGUUAUUAACACUGUUAACGCAUCCGUAAUUGCAUUUUGUAUAUGUAUGUCUUAGUGUGCGUGCGUAUAUUCGUUCGUACUUGUGUGCGUAUGCAACUUGUAAAUGACCAGCAUUUUUGAAAUAUGUCCAUAAUGUUUUACUGUAAAUUAUACAACCGUAGUUUGUUACUAAAAAAACUUAAUUUAAAGUUAAGUAAAAUAUCCAUUUUUAUAUGUAUGAAUAGUAUAAGUAU